GGGAGGAGCUGCGGCGGCCGCGGCCACCCGGGCAGGUCGGCGGCGCCGCGGGAACCCGCCGACGGCGCGGGCUGCUGGUCCCCCGCGCGCAGGAGGCGCGGGCGGCCCUGGGGACCAUGGAGCCUGGUGACGCGGCGCGCCUCGGCCCGGGACGGGCGGCCCGGGCGCUGCCACCGCGGCUGCUGCUGCUGCCGCUGCUACCGCUGCUGCUGGGUCGGGGGCUGCGCGCCGCGGCCGCGGCCUCCUCUGGGGCGGCGGCCGAGGACAGCAGCGCCAUGGAGGAGCUCGCCACGGAGAAGGAGGCGGAGGAGAGCCACCGGCAAGACAGCGUGAGCCUGCUCACCUUCAUCCUGCUGCUCACGCUCACCAUCCUCACCAUCUGGCUCUUCAAGCACCGCCGGGUGCGCUUUCUGCACGAGACGGGGCUGGCCAUGAUCUAUGGGCUCAUCGUUGGGGUGAUCCUGAGGUACGGCACCCCUGCCACCAGCGGUCAUGACAAGUCACUCAGCUGUACUCAGGAAGACAGGGCCUUCAGCACCUUAUUAGUGAACGUCAGUGGGAAGUUCUUUGAAUACACCCUGAAAGGAGAAAUCAGCCCCGGCAAGAUCAACAGUGUAGAGCAGAAUGACAUGCUGAGGAAGGUAACGUUUGAUCCAGAGGUCUUUUUCAACAUCCUUCUGCCUCCAAUUAUUUUCCACGCUGGCUACAGUCUAAAGAAGAGACACUUUUUCAGAAAUCUUGGGUCUAUUCUGGCUUAUGCUUUCUUGGGGACUGCCGUUUCCUGCUUCAUUAUUGGAAACCUCAUGUAUGGUGUGGUGAAGCUCAUGAAGAUUGUGGGGCAGCUCUCGGAUAAAUUUUACUACACAGAUUGUCUCUUCUUUGGAGCGAUUAUCUCUGCCACUGACCCAGUGACUGUACUGGCAAUAUUUAACGAAUUGCACGCAGACGUGGAUCUUUACGCACUUCUGUUUGGGGAAAGUGUCCUAAAUGAUGCUGUUGCCAUUGUCCUGUCCUCGUCUAUUGUUGCCUACCAGCCAGCGGGCCUGAACACUCAUGCCUUUGAUGCUGCUGCCUUUUUUAAAUCAGUGGGCAUUUUUCUAGGUAUAUUUAGUGGCUCUUUCACCAUGGGAGCUGUGACGGGCGUUGUGACUGCUCUAGUGACCAAGUUUACCAAGCUGCACUGCUUCCCUCUAUUGGAGACGGCACUCUUCUUCUUGAUGUCCUGGAGCACCUUCCUUUUGGCAGAAGCCUGUGGGUUCACAGGCGUUGUGGCUGUCCUUUUCUGUGGGAUCACACAGGCUCAUUACACCUACAACAAUCUGUCAGUGGAAUCAAGAAGUCGAACGAAGCAGCUCUUUGAGGUGUUACACUUCCUGGCAGAGAACUUCAUCUUCUCCUACAUGGGCCUGGCACUGUUUACCUUCCAGAAGCACGUUUUCAGCCCCGUGUUCAUCAUUGGAGCUUUUGUUGCCAUCUUCCUGGGCAGAGCUGCACACAUCUACCCGCUCUCCUUCUUCCUCAACUUGGGCAGAAGGCAUAAGAUUGGCUGGAACUUUCAACACAUGAUGAUGUUUUCAGGCCUCAGGGGGGCCAUGGCAUUUGCGCUGGCCAUCCGAGACACCGCAUCCUAUGCUCGCCAGAUGAUGUUCACAACCACGCUCCUCAUCGUCUUCUUCACUGUCUGGAUCAUUGGUGGAGGCACGACCCCCAUGCUGUCAUGGCUUAACAUAAGAGUUGGCGUCGAGGAGCUGUCCGAAGAGGACCGGAACGAACACUGCUGGCGGUACAUCAGAGUUGGUGUUGACCCAGAUCAGGACCCACCACCCAACAACGACAGCUUUCAAGUCUUACAAGGGGAUGGUCCAGAUUCUGCCAGAGGAAACCGGACAAAGCAGGAGAGUGCGUGGCUGUUCAGGCUGUGGUACAGCUUUGACCACAACUACUUGAAGCCCAUCCUCACACACAGUGGCCCCCCGUUGACCACCACGCUCCCAGCCUGGUGUAGCCUGCUUGCUCGGUGUCUGACCAGUCCCCAGGUGUACGACAACCAAGAGCCGCUGAGAGAGGAAGACUCGGAUUUCAUCCUGACCGAGGGCGACCUCACCCUGACCUACGGGGACAGCACAGUGACUGCGAACGGCUCCUCGGGCUCCCACACGGCCUCCACGAGCCUCGAGGGCAGCCGGAGAACCAAGAGCAGCUCGGAGGAGGUGCUGGACCGAGCCCUGGGAGCAGGAGACCAGCCGGUGUCAAGCCGGGGCACGCGCCUAGUGUUCCCCCUGGAGGAUAACGCGUGACUUGUCGCGUCCCCCCCCCCAGCCCCAGCCUGCCGAGAUGGGGGUGCAGUGAGGACGGCUGCAAGCCCCAGGCUUGUCCAACCCGGGGCACUGACUGAGUGGAACUAAUGCUUCUGUUUUAUUGAGGUCUGAAGCUCUCUUAACAUUUAAAGUUUAACCCAAGAGGCAGAGGGUGGGGCUUAGGUGUCUCUCAAUCAAGACAAACGCAGACGUAUUCCCCCUUUUUCACAUAGUAGUGCUGUUCAGAGUCAAACAAACAAAUAGCAUGCUUUAACGGUCUGACUCAUUCACCUGCAGAAUCCGAGCAAGCUGCGGCAGGUGUGGGGAGGCCCCCCCAGGAGAGGUUUCAGGUCCAUACACAGCAGCGCAAACCUAGCUGGCCGCGGGAAUAGCGAGGUGGGGGCGGGAAGAGCAGGCCAGACGAAGGAUCCCGAAGGCAGGCAGCUGAGAUUGGACCUCCGAAGAUGAUGGGAAGCCCGUGGUCACGGGGACAGAACUCAGGAGGAAGCAAUCUGAGCGCGGAGGCCCUCGCACCGAGGGCUGCAGGACCGUGAUCUCACAUGAUCAGGCUUCUGGACUUUCUGCACUACCUGGGUUUCCUGUAGAUUGAAGAUCAGAACUCUAUCCGUGAACAUUUCAACAUGGGGAAAGAAUUAGAAUUCCUUCUCUGGAAAUCUCCAGAAAGAAGUAGCUACUGAAAUGUUUAAAACCAAAAGCAAAAUCGUGUUUUACUGUUGGGUUUUUAAAAUUAAUCCGAGGACAGGAGAAACCGUUUAGAGACCGAUGACAAAAAUCAGUCAGUUCUUCAGGGCUACCAUGGAGAUACCUACUGCGGGGUUUAGGAAUAACACCAAAAUUUGUGGGAUGCUUCUAUCUGGGGACGAGAGAGCAGCAAGGAGCCUAGGAGGCAAUAGGCUAGUGUUCAGAGGGGGAAAAAAAAAACCACACUGCAAAAAAAUUAACCACAAACACAAGAUACUAAAGGUUCUAAAGACCGAGUAGAAGUCCAAACUUUGAGCUACUAAAUGCAUGAGAUUUCCGUGGCCGGGUGAGGCAUGAGAGGCAAGUCAAGGGAAAAUUGAGCAUUAUUCAGUCCAGUGGACAGUUCCGUCUGCUGUAAGAUUAAGAAUCCAGAUGUCUUAACACUGAGUGCCACGUAGAGAAGGGUCAUUUUCUUGGUGUCUGGGGAGGUUUGUACCAGCCUAAUGUGUGAGCAUGGUUUGAAAUGUAGGUUCUGAGUUGGGGUUCUCUGUGGGUGAGCUCUUCUAACUGCCCACACCUGCGGUAGCUAAAAUACUGAGAGAGCUCUUGGAAACCAAGUUUGAGAUUCUCCCUGUGUCUCUAUGCUUCAGUGCUGGUGUAUUUGAAAACCCAAUCUCUAAAAAAAAAAAAAAUGCUUUCAGAAAAUGUGGGCAUUUUUCUUCUUGUGGCAGGCAGAAUAGUGGCCCAGUCGAGUACACCCAUAAUGAAACCAGCCAUUUAAUCUGCUUAACGCACAUUUUUAAUGGUUAAUAUUUAGAUAAGACAUUACACUUUGCUUUUUGAAUUGAGAAUUUGUGCAAAACAGGCAAAAAUUAAGUUGAGCCAUAUGAAAUUGCCGAUAUUGAACCAGUUUUCAAAAACAGAAAUGGCAGUUUUGUAUGGUUCGAGAUAAUAUAAUUAAAUGAUUUUUAUUCCCCUCUUUCCUUUCUAUGUACCCUAAAGUCCAUUUUAAUUUUAUCAUGGGCAUCCGUGGGCUCUGUAAAUGAGCUAAACCACCCAUCUAACCCCAUGAGACUCCGAAUUCCCUAGGCUGGUGAAGGACUUAUGAAAACCUCUGAGCCAGCGCCAGAGAAACAGCUUUUUCUUAGAGAGCCCCUGGACGGGAGGUCAUUAUGUCGUGGGGUCAGAGUGCAGAGAGCAUCUCUCAGGCUUGGCAGAUGUGGCCAGAACCAGCACAGGUUUUAUUCAGUAGAGUUAAUCUCAGUAAUGACCAGUCAUGCCUAUAAACUCGAAAGGUGAGGAGGCUUUUGUGUGUGUCUGUUAUUUGCAGAGGUGGAGGGAUAGGCUGGUCAGCUCCUUGGCUGGGUCUUUAUAAAGCCUUGCUCACCUCUUACGUUGCUUACUUAUUUCAUUUUGGGGGGAAGAAGCUAACAGAAAAACCCUGACAGGGUUCUUGAAAAGAGCCAACCGGGGAGGACCCACCCUCUCUUCAUUCAGGUCAAGGCUUUGUUGUCAUUUUGGUUUUCCAGGAAGCUUUCAGCAAAUUAAUAAGAAAUUACCCUCAUGAGGAGGAAAAAUAACCAGAGUUCUCCAGCCUAGUCCUAAGUCAAUCCAUAGAUCGUUGUGUUUUCUCCCAAAAGGGUCUUGUAGGCUUGACUGCAGACGUUUUAUUUGGACCUACUUAAAUCUAAGUAAAUGGAGAUUUGCCAAGAUCAAAAUUUUGCUAGGGUUGUAGUUAUUUGGUUGGAUUUUUUUAUUCAGUGGAUCGGAGUAAGUCACUGACCUGUGGUCCUAAUUUUUGUUUGCAAGAUAUGGAGAAUAAUCCUGACCCUACCAGGGGUCCCAGGAAAGGAGUCUGUUCAUCGAAAUGCUUCCACCUUCUAGAAGCUUUAUGCCUAUGCUGAGAGGGGAAAAGUAGGUGUCACGAAGCUGCCAAACCAUCUAACUCAAGGCUCUCUGCUGUCAGUCUGGCAUAAAUCAGAUUGAAACUGCUGAGUGCAUCCAAUUUAACCUCUUAAACAUACCCGUUCCGGGUUGGGUGGGGGGGAUGAGGGUUCGGAGCUGGAUGUUCUAGAACACAGGUUCUCAACCCUGGCUGCACAGUAGGAUUCUCUGGCUAGUUUUGUUUUGUUUUUUUGGUUUUUUUUUAAUAUCAGUGCAAGGGCCCUGUGCUCAGAGAUUCAUAUCCAGUAGGUUUGGAGUGGGGCCUGGCUUCCAUACACUCCAGUAGGUUUGGAGUGGGGCCUGGCUUCCAUCCCUGGAUCUUCAGGGAUUCUAGUGGGCAGCCAGGCUUGAGAGCCUUUUAGUCCAGAACUUGCAGCAGACCCUGUUUGGAACCUUAAAGAAUGGCCUAGCAAACUAAGUUUCCUUUCAUUGGUAGUCCUCUGGAACAAACCGAGUGUUGAUCAAUCAAUACAGCCCGGACAACUGUGAAAGAGUUUCAUGCACAUCAUCUUUGCAGAACUCUAGAACAUACUCCGUAAAGUACAACCAGAAAUGUCACAUUUGAACACCUUCGUGCAGGAAAGGGAGAGACGGGUGACUUGAGUGGAUGGAUUGGGUUGUUGCGGGGUGAGGGGUUAAAAACCGUCCUCUUUGCCCCCUUUCGUGGAAAGAAAGGGGUUGGGUCUUAACAGAGUAGCUGACCAUCAAGUGUGAAGGCUUUGGAGAAGCUGUCUUUUCAGUAUAACCUGGGAUUAAAUGGAGUCCCCUUUGCAGUCCAGUCAGCUUGCUUUCUUGUCACACUUAGCUUGUCCCCAGGCCCGAAUCCCUGCUGGACUCCUCAGGAGAGGGGUGGGCCCAUUUAAUGCCCAGAGUAGAGGCCUCAGGGUAAGGGGUAGCCCAUGACCACUUCAAGGUCACGAGGCAGUGGUGUCGGCAGACUUCUGCGUGGGGCCGGCAGCGGGGCGGUGCGGACUCCAGCCGUGCCUUUUCAUAUUCUCUUUGGGGACUACAAGGAGACCUGAACUUUGUCUCCUGGAGAAGGAAAUCUGCGCCACUGAAAUGAGGCUGCAAAUAGAGGAAGAGGGCAGAUGCGAUUCCAUGGCCUCUGCCCAUCCAGGGUACUCCCUGGGGCGGCCAAACCAGCCCCGACGCCUUGCAGCCCAAAACCCGCACUGCAACAUCAAAUGUCUCAUCGGGCAAACAGCAAGGAGCUUUCCGGCUGUGCUCUCUAGACCUGAAAAUGUCCUCCGUGGUUUGGGGGACAAAGGAAGUCUCCUUAGAAAACAUGAAAAAGGUUCUCUCAGCUGUCCCCGAACAUGUCAGUCGAGGGCGAUUUCCUUCCAGACUGGAGGGCUGUUUCAUGACACACACAUUCCCUACCCCCUUGCCCCCCAGGUCCCUCUCUCCUCUUUGCCUGCAGGGGAAGUCAAUGUCACCGUGUCAGGUACCUUGAUAUGAACAGAACCAUUUCCAAACGUGGAAACGGCACUGAUGCACUGAGGGGAGACUGGCGGCGGUCGAGGCCACCAAGCAGCUCAACAGAGGGAAGACUCAUCCUCUCGGGCCCCUAGCUUGGUACCCGUUGUGAGUUCUCAGAGGUGCACCACCAAGCUGCUUUUCCCAUCUGUUGUAAGAUGUCAUCUGGAACGAGGGCUUCUGGAAAGUCAGCUUGCUGAUUCAGUAAGUAUGUGACUUCUUAGUCCACUUCAGAAAUGGGGAACUUGACGAGUUUCAUACCCGCCUCUCGAUGCUGAUUCUGUAGAUGAGUUCGUGUAGGAGUGCAUCUGUCACGUGCAUCACAGCGGUACCACGGAGUUCUGGUGUCUUCUGUUGGUCUUUCCUCAAGUGUCGGAUGCUGUACUCCGCUACAGUGAAGCUGAAGGGAAUCUAAUGGCCAAGAGUUAGGAGCAACCCAUCUGGAUGCUGCUUUCACUCUGGUACCUUGAAGAGACCUUGCGCCUUUCUAAAACCCAAUAAGGACAGUAUACAGAGGAACACUCCAGAAAGCGAUGCUGGUCUCUAGGAAAAGCAAAUAGGCUCUUUGACAAUCUUUUCAAAACCAGACCUAGAAAUCAACCCCUUUUACCCAGUUUCAAUUUUCGUAAGUAGGGCUUUUUUGGUGUGUUUUUAUUUUUAAACGAACAAACAUGUCUCGUCACGCAGUGCGAGCAGAACUCGUAAAGAGCAAAACCAAAGUUUUUGAUGUUAGUUUUAUUUUUAUAAGGCGGGGUAGAACCAGGGCCCACACGGAACACACAGGCUUCCGGUCAUCUGCCACACGAGCCUGGGAGAAGAUAAGGAAGGUCUGCCUGUCCGGCCGCGUUCUGGAAAGCCCUGAAAUGCACAGGAGAGCCCCGGAGAGAGGCCUCCUUCUCUUCAGGAUGGCCGCCUUUUAGAAAGGGUUAAGGGAAUUGCCACGUGUCAGGGUCAGGAGAAACUUCCAGGGGCUGGUGGAUGCGGGAGGAACUCAGACCGCAGGGGCUUUUGGACAGCACGAAGAACUCUACAUGUGCUGUCCAAAGCACUGAAAGACAGGCCCCAGGGCUCUUGGGUGACUGUCCCAGCGCUUGGACAUUUGGGGGUGGGCUUUGGGGAAGCAGAGGAAUGAUUUCCGGGUGUGUGGGGGGGGUGUUCACGUCUGGGGAUUUGGGACUUAUCGCUGAAAUCACUUGUUCAAAGCAUGACUUCAGAGCCAGACCACCUCCUCGUAGGUUGACUUUUGAUUUUUUACAUAAACUACAUCUGGUCCUUCUUAGGAAGUUUCACUCUGUCCCAUAACAUGAUUAAAUGGGAAGAGGCCACCAAGAUCCAUUUAAGAGGUGAAAAGCAAUUUUUAAAAAUAGGAUAGGAUGAAUUUAACCUGGGAUGAUAUGCCCUUCUGGGGAACGUUUUACAGAGAGCUCACAUAAUGUAAUUGGGGAGAAUUUUGUCUUCUAUGUCCAUUCAUCAGUAGCAAACCGGUGGUUUUAUAAAGUUAACAUUAUAGUAUGUUAUAUAAAUAAACACGUUAUAUGAAAUAAAAGUAUGUUGAACUGUGAAAAAGUGAAGACUUGGAGUUAUCAGCAACCUUUAUGUGCACUUAAGGAAAACUGCAGUUAGGCCCCCAAAGUGCUACCUUACCCUAGCAUUUUACUUCACGUUCGCCUUUGUGUGUAUGUUUAGAUUGAUAUUGUAAAGCUAGCUACAUGUUUUCCUGCUGUUGACUGAUAUUUAACACAUUUUUUCCCAAAGCUUUUUUUCUUUUUUUUUUUUUUUACAAAACUCAAAAUAAAGAGAUUAACUGGC